UUUGAAAGUCAAGCUAGAUGGACGCGUGUUUUUGCCUGAGUCCUUCACUCUACCGCCGCUGAGGUCAGCCGGAGAACCGGGGUGAAACACCGGGAACCACCGUGGAAGAAACUUCCAAAUCUCCAGCAGAACAGCGAUGAGGAUAAGAGAAUUGCCAAGUCAUGGAUAGACCGCCACAAUGACACAUGAGACCCUCGCGAGCUCCCAGCUGUCUGUCAAGGCCGCUGCCCUGCGCAUGGUUAACCUAUCGCUGUCCGUCUACGGCUCGCUGGCACAGGUGAGUGUCAGCACAGGCACCAAGAAGCUGGUGGCCGCCACCGCCUUUGGUGCCGUCUCGCUCCUCUUCCUCUCACGUCGCUUCCAGAGGAGGAAGGGCAGGAAGAAGGCUCAGUCGCCUCAGUGGGAGCAGGCUGGUUUCGAGUUCUUCCCCCCGGCCUCAGCACAGAACGAUAACACCAGUCAAAACAUCACUGUCUCCCUCACCUCCAAGAAUGGCUGCUCCUCCUCUGGCCUGGUCCUCACCACGAGAGACUACAGGAAUCUGUCCGGGUCUCUGCUGAGCCUGGCCUCGGUGAAAAGCAUGAACUCAUCGAGCAGCAGCACCUGCGCAAAUGAAUCCACCUGCUGGGACCGAGUUGGGGACGCUGACAUCUGCAGCGUGGUCAACCUACCUGUCACCACACCUGAGAACCUGUACCUCAUGGGUAUGGAUCUGUUUGAGGAGGCUCUGCGGCGGUGGGAGGAAGCGUUGACGUUCAGGAGCAGGCAGGGCGAGGACGACGCGAGCUGCGUCUCUGUCAAAACGGGAGCUGGAGACGCCAUCGCUGAGCAGAGCAUGGAGGACGUCAUCAGCGCAGAGUUCAUCCACCGGCUCAAGUCUCUGCUGCAGAGGGCUUACCGCCUCCAGGAGGAGUUCGAGGGAGUGUUGGGGAUGUCAGAGCCCUCGUCCCACAGCAACAGCCAGGAUAAAAUGGCAGACAUCUUGGCCAGAGAGGAGCUGGACGACGCCUGUCUGAGAGACAGCAUCAGCAUCGCCUCCACCGACUCGUUCGUCUCUGCUGCCGAGCUGUCAGAGCACAGGGAGCUGAGGAGCGUCUUCGCUCUGGGUCACCACUUGUUCUACGAGGAGGCGCUACAGAUGGCUGAGGACGGCAAGAUCUCCUGCAGAGUGCUGCGGACUGAGAUGUUGGAGUGUCUCGGGGACGUCGAUUUCUUGGCUAAGUUGCACUGUGUGCGGCAGGCAUGUCAGCUCAUUUUAUGCGAGAGGACGACCAGGAUGUUUCUGGCCGACACCGGAAAGAAAAUUCUGUCCUCCAUUAUUGUUAAAGCACAGAAGAGCCCAAAGAGAUUUGAGGAAGUGUUUGAAGAGAUGAUUUCCUUCCUAGAGCACACAGAGCACUGGGAAAACACAGAGGUGGAGCUGGCUACACGAGGAGUGAAGCAUUUGAACUUCUAUGAUAUCGUGCUGGACUUCAUCCUGAUGGAUUCAUUCGAGGACCUGGAGAAUCCCCCGAUCUCUAUCCAGAACGUGAUCAACAACCGCUGGCUCAACAGCUCCUUCAAGGAAACUGCGGUGGCUUCAAGCUGUUGGUCAGUGCUGAAGCAGAAGAGACAGCACAUGAAGGUGCCCGACGGUUUCAUCGCUCAUUUCUACACCGUGUGUGAACAGAUCAGCCCCGUUCUGGCCUGGGGCUUCCUGGGCCCCAAGAGCUCCCUGCACGACUUCUGCUGCUUCUUCAAGGACCAGGUGCUGCACUUCCUGAAGGACAUUUUUGACCUGGACAAAGUGCGUUACUCGUCGGUGGAGAGUCUGGCUGAGGACAUGCUCCACCUGCUGCACCGCCGCUCUGAACUGCUGCUGGCCUACCUGGGAGCCGACUGCACGUCGCCGCGGCACCUCAGCGGCUGCAGCUCCCCCCAGGUGCAGCUGGUGCCCAGCACCCUGCUGGAGGCCGGGGUGCAAUGAGAGACGGGAGGAAAUCUCCCACACAGCCCCAGGUCCUCAAACACUACACACACACACAAAUCUCAACAUUUACUCUAAUUCAAGUUCACACCAACUGUCGGACCAAAGAAAACUACCGGUAGGUGUGAAUGCAUCUAUCUGUGGUGCAACACGUGCGGCGGGGUAACAAUUUUAACACUAUUUCACUGAGGUCUGAAACCCAGUCAUCACAUCUCCCAUCAUGCCGUGUGCUCUCCUCGCUCUGUAUCCGAGUGUCCAGAUAAAACCCAGCCGGCUGUCUGCCUUCACACGUCAUCAGUAUCUCCGGUGCGGCCUCUUCCUCCUCUCCCCAGCUCCCUUCUCACUGUGCCAUGGCAGAGCACGUUAGUUUUAAAACAUCACAGCAAUAAUAUUUAUAACUUAAACUGGCUGUGAGCCUGGCAUCGAGUCUCUCGCAGUAGAUAUCACGCUGUGUAAAUUAAAGCAUAUUUAUUGCCAUUAAGAGCAAUUUGUGUGAAGACACGGAAGGUGUUUUACCAUAUUUAUUUUAUUACACAGCUGAAUGAUGCAGGGUUUAUUUUUUAGAAGUUGUAGUUGUGCCUGUUUGCAUUGAUGGAUGUUGUGAUGAGCUUCAAACACAGUAGUUUUAAUACUAGUGCUGUAAUUAAAUGUCAUCAGAUAGAGAUUUAUUCGAUGUAUUUCCACAUCCUAUUGAACAUCAGCAAUGCAAAACCAUUAAAUGUACUUUCUGUGUUUGUUAUAAGCACAUGUCGCCCAGGGAAAACACUGAACAAAGGGAUUCAGUUUGAAAAAUCUAAAAUGUUUUGACUGUUGACUUAAAGAAAUGGGUCAGGCUUUGUUCUGUUAUUACAUUUAGUUACAAAAGGGAAAGUUUUUUGUUUUUUCGGCACCAGGGCUUGUAAAUCUUCAUGCAAUACCUUACAGAUAACUCUGGUAUUUUUGAACGUGGGCCUUAUUUCCACAUGUUUUUGGGUGUAACUGAUUGACAGGGACAAAAGUCUUUUUAAUCGGUGCAGUAUUGAGAAAGAACAGCGUACCCCAAGAACAGCUGCUGCAUGUAAUCUAAUGGCCGAUUGUCCACACCUUCUAACGUGCUUGUUUUUGCCACAGACAUGUUCAGAUUGUUAUUAUUAGCGUCUGACAACAUUAUGGACAGUAUUCCUCCAGAGACUGACGUCUUUAUUAAAGAGUAAGAUCCUAUUUGUUCAAACAGAAACAGCUGUUUUAUCACCCUGUGCAAAGCUACCAAACUCCAUUGACAAAAACAGUAAUUUAACGUCACAAGAACACAGGAGUUGCUAAUCUUUCACUGCCUUGAUAAAUUAGUUUGUUUGUGUUAUUAUGUGGUACUUGUACUUAGGGAGAGGAUGUGAAUACUUCGUCCAUGACUAAAAGUCACACAAUAACACAAACGAACUGAUCGAUGGAAGCAGAAGUGUUCCAGCAACUGUUUUCUGUAAUGUAAAAUUACUGUUUUUGUAAAUGGAGUCUGGUAGUCUCAAACAAGGUAAAAUAAGGCCCAUGUUUAAAAAAUGGUGGAGUUGUCCUUUAAAUGGAUCCCUGUAUAUGCAGCCCUAAUAGGACCAUGAUCCCAUCAGCUACAGGAAGUAAAAGAUUACACAUCACAUCGCUGUUUCAUAAUCCUCCAGCUGUUAAGCAACUUGUUGCCCUCAGUUUUUACAACGGGCAAAACACGCAAGAAGCCUUACUGUCGAUGCACAUAUUCAAGCCUUGUCUUCAUCACUGAAUGUCAGUCUGAAAAAUCUUUGUCUUUCAUGACCUGUGAGGCUUGAAAAAUACCAAUAUAUUAUUGAUAUUGUCUGCUCUGCUGAUCAGUCACUGCCAUGUACAGAACAUGCACAACAUGAAAGCUUUGAGCAACUGCAGGAUUAAACGUGUUGACAAAACAAGAGUUUGUUUCAAAAUGCUGCACAUUGGAAAGUGUUGAUCAUUUCAGGGGUGAUCGACCUUCCACUAAUCGACACUGUCUGCUGUGCAGGAUUUUCCUCUUAAAAGAUGGAGUAGGUUCACAUUUUUCCAAGUCUGUCUCAAGUUAUUGACCAUUAUUGAUCACUGUGAUCAUUCCUCCUGCUCUUAAACAGAUCUGCUCCUGAAGAGUCACAUGCACAGUCCUGCUUCUGUGUAAAAAUGAAGCAUUAGCUGUUUAAGUUUGAAAAAAACUUUUACAAAGUUUGUCUUGUUGAGACACAAUUCACAUAUUUCAGCUUCUCAUGAGAAUAUCUCCUUGGUCUCAAAUAAUGCAAACUGUAUAUCUUGAGGUUUUGUACUGUUGGCUUAAACAAAAUGACACAUUUUACUCUUUUGGUGGGUAUGUUUUGUUAUUUGCCUUAGUUUAUACAGCUAAUGAUGGAGAAAAUAAUCUAUAGCUGAGAUAAUUAGUUGCAGACUUUGUUUCCUUGCAAAGCUGUAAUUAGUUUGGGCAGGUUGUGAUAAUCUUUCAGUGGUAUUUCAGUGGUUUCCACUUAUGAAAAUUAGUCAGUUUAAGAUUUGUUCAUUUUAGACUGUUACAUAAUUAAAAUAUAAUUUUAACUGUAACUUUGGAAUCAGGAAGAGAUCUUUAUGAACAGGAGGAACGAGCGGCGGUGUAUGUGUGAGUUCGGCUUUGUAACAGACUUGUGAAAGGUAAAUCUUACUUUGUCAACACACAGGGAAGAAAGUUAAACAUUUGUGAGUUGACUUUGUUUUUGUGUCUAAAUUAAGCAAAUAAACUCAUAAGAAUGUGA